CUGACAUUGGUCAAAAAAAGACCUCCGCGCCGACAGGACUGCACGUUUAAGCGAAGCAACGAAUUGAGAACCAUGCGACGACGGAUCGCAUUGCUCUCCAGUUUCCUCGCUUGUAGCCAUGCAUUAGUUGCACCGCCUAAGGCCCUGCAGCCCAUGCAGCCUCGCCGCGCCGCGGACGCCGGCGCGGCAACGACCAGCGACGCGCCACCGGCCACCGCCGCGGCGCCGACCGCCGCCGAGGCCGCGAACGGCCACCAGCGCAAGACCGCGGCCGUCUUCGGUUUCUUCGGCGCGAGCGACCGCGAGCUCGCACUCAUCGAGAAGCGCUACGCGAAGAACGGGUAUGAGUGUGUCGUCGUCCCGUCGCCCGUAAAAGAGGUCGCGCGGCCGAGCGGCUGGUACAAGAAUUUCCGGCGGAACGCGCGGCUGGGCAAGGAACAUGAACUAGCGAGGCAUUUUGAUGUGGUGCACUGCAUGAGCGGCGGCUUCCUGAACUACUACCUGACGCGCGGCGCGGGCGUGCCGCUGGCGUGUGAUACGCUGCUGCUGGACUCGACGCCGAUCUUACCGAAGCCGCGGGCCUUCACGACCUUCGCGCGGCAGUUCAUGCGCGACGCCCUGCCCUUCGGCAAGGUCGUGGACCUCUUCCCGCAGCCGCUCCAUCUGUUCCUCAUAAGGACGCGGUGGUCCGUGACGGCCUUCCGGCUACGGGUCCAGCACUGGUUCCUGCGGCGGCUGGGGCGGCACCCAUGCGCGUGGCGGGACCUCACGACGCGCUGGCUGCGCGUGUCCUCCUCGGCGGCGCGCCGGGGCAACUACGAGCCCAUCGUGGCCCACGCGGCCCGCGUCGCGUUCGGUCGCGCGCCGGCGGCGCCGCCGCCGAAGCGCGCGGUCUUCCUGCACAACCCGGCGGACCCGUACCUGUCGCGCGACGACGUCCUCGCGACGGUCGGCGCCGCGGAGCGGCUCGGCCUCGCGUCGGCCGUCCACGAGGUGGCCACGAACCACGUCCAGACCAUCUUCCAGAAGCCCCGUAUCAUCUUCGAGGGCGCGCUCGCGUGACGGGCGCCUGCCGCGGGCCGUGUGAAUAGUCAGCAUAUUGAAUAUAUAACAGAUAUAGCCAA